GCUAAAAGUAAUGUCUUCAAAUUAUCUGAUAACGCUCUGCGGGCUGGUAGUGCUGCUCGUGCAGCUCACUGCGAGUGCCUACUUCGCGGGCUGUGACAAUACUUAUCAACUACAGCCCGGCCUCUCCUAUGUAGAGUCGCCCUACUACCCCAAUAAUUAUCCAGCGGGCACCUCCUGCCGCUACAAGUUUGUGGCGCCCUUGGACUACUACAUCAAAAUACAAUGCAAUGUGAACUUGCCCUCAACAAACGGACAGUGCUCAACAGACAAUUUCUAUCUGGACAACGAGGGGGAUUUGCUGAUGCGGGGCUCGGAGAAUUUUUGCGGCACUGGCUCCUUUUCACGGGAGUCGCUAUUUACCGAACUUGUCUUGGCCUACAUUUCGGACAGCUAUAGUUCGGGUAACUUCAAGUGCACCCUAGAUGUCCAGCCUCAGCCCUGCAGCUGUGGUUGGUCAAUCAAUAUGCGCAUUGCUAAUGGACAGCAGGCCUCAAUCAACGAAUUCCCCAGCAUGGUAGCCCUGAAGAACAGACAAAGCAAUCAGCCUUCGUUCUGUGGUGGGGUCAUAGUUUCCCAUCGACAUAUUGUCUCCGCUGCCCAUUGCGUUCUACAAAUCGCUCAGCCCUCCGACGUUAUAGCCAUUGUAGGCACAAACAAUUUACAAAACCCAUCCAGCUCUAGAUAUUAUGCGCAAUAUAAUAUUAUGCAAAUAUUGAGGCAUGAGCAAUACCAAAACGACCCAGAGGUAGUCAAUGAUAUAGCAGUUUUGAUUACGUCCACCACUAUAAAGUGGACGCGCGGUAGUGGACCCGUUUGCUUGCCUCCAACAGGAACCACCAACGAUUUCACCUACAGCAACGUAGAUGUGAUUGGCUGGGGCACCUUAUUCUUUGCCGGUCCCACCUCAGCCACUCUGCAGAAGAUCACCCUCAUGGUGGUGGACAACCAGGUUUGCCAGACAGAAUACAAUGGAAUCGCUACCAUAAAUUCGGGUCAAAUAUGCACAUACGACGUUUCUGGCAAUGCAAGAGACUCCUGUCAGUACGAUUCGGGUGGCCCAGUAAUCUUUAAACAGCCCCGCCAUUACCUGGCGGGCGUGAUCAGUUUUGGCAAGGAUUGCGCAGCUGGCUCUUAUCCCAUGGGUGUCAACACCCGCAUUACCAGCUAUGUACCUUGGAUACGGAACAAAAUCGGCAACUCCAACUGUGUGGUCUCAAUGUGAAUAAAAGCAUAAGAAGGAGUCUUGCCAAUUGGGUUACUAUUGUUAUGUUAAAUAUAUAUAAUUGAUGAGUCGCAGAAUGAGAGCCAUGAACGGUCUUACCAUAUCUGUACAGUGUAAAUACUUCUAUAUACAAGUAUGGCCGAUAUGCAAAAAUCA